AUGAAUUUAAAAAUAAAUUCUUUUUUUCCAAAAAAGCCAUCAGUUCUGAAAUGGAUUCCCGAUUUUACAUCUGGUGAUGUAGUUAGGUCUACAAGAAAAAUUUCUCUCAAUGAGGAACCUCCUCAUGAUGAUAUUUUGGAGAUAACAGCUAAUGCAGGUCAUCAUUUAACGAUUAGUUCAAUCUCUGUUUUUCUCAUUGGUUACGUUAUAAGACAAGUACAAGAUGAUGAUGAUUUAUUUAAUGAAAUUGUUGGAAAGGGAAAUGUUGCUGACAAAUUUAAUAUAAAAUGUAGAUACUUAAAAGCAGAUGAGAGAAUUGAUAAUAAAGGCGUGCCAACUUGA